AUGGAAAACCAUCACGACCGCUUCUCUACAGAGCAGGAAGAGAUUGAAGAUCAAUCUCGCGCUCCACAACGUCGCCGUCGGCCGCCCCUGUCCUGUACAGUCUGUCGCAAACGCAAAUUAAAAUGUGAUCGCUCUCUGCCCUGCGGGCAAUGUGUGCGCUCCAAAACAACAGCUCAAUGCGUUUUUGUCGGAGCCCAGCCCGGUCUUGGAUCGGAAUCUCACCAACGCAUGUCACCCCCGCAAUUACCAAAUGGUGGCGUGGAAGAGCAAUCCGGCCGAAAAAGCGGGAUGUUCGUCUUCGACUCGAAAUUGGGACCGAAUUUGACCUCAAAUCGCGUAUCGAAGCGUGGUCGUUCGGAUGAGUUGCACGAGCUCCGGAGUCGGCUGCGAGUUUUGGAGAAUUCGCUUGGCAAAUCGUCCCAUCUCCAGACGCCUGAGACCUCGAUUUGUGAUGUUUUCUCUGAAGUUGAUACUACCAAUAGUUGUGAGAAUGUUGGCGUUGAUGACCGCGUACGAUUCUUGCCAGAUUCGAGUUUCCGUGGGAAGAAGGUCAAGACUCGUUAUUUCGGUCGCAGUCAUUAUACCACUACUGUUUCUUUUUUCCAAGAUAUUGGUACCUUUAUACGCCGUGGUCGUUGCCGCGGAGAGGGAAAGGAUAAAGAGUACUGUGAUAUGAAACAGUUCAAGACAGAACUUUGGUCGCGCGAGACAGAGGAUCAUCAGCGAAAUUUCCGCGAGCAGGCUUUCAAGCUGAAUGAAAUGGUUCCACAGAGAAACGUGGCAGACCAUCUGCUCCAGCUGUAUCUUGACACUUUCGAGACGACAUAUCGAAUCUUGCACACACCGACCUUCUUCAGACAAUAUGCUGAUUAUUGGGCCAACACCCAGCCAACCGAUAUGGCUUUUGUCGCUCAGUUACUCGCUGUGAUGGCUGCUGGUAGUUGCUUCUAUGUCCCACCCCCAGGCCAAGACGACCGUGACACAUUCCAGAAACCGGCCAUGAAGUGGAUUAUGGCUGUCCAGUCAUAUAUUUCGUGCACAUUUGUGAGCCCGGAUAUUGACUUCCAAAUGCUCCAGACCCAAUCUCUUCUUCUGGUAGCGCGUCUCGGAGUCGCCAGUGACGGGGAUGUUGCCUGGGCCUCCGCCGGGUCGCUGAUUCGGUCUGCGACGACAAUGGGUCUGCACCGCGAUCCGACUCGCUUCCGCAAGGUUGGGCCAUUCUACUCCGAGCUGCGCCGUCGCCUUUGGGCAACUAUUGUCGAGCUGGACCUCAAGAUCUCUCUCGACCGCGGCGUUCCGCCAUCAGUUGACCUAGAUGAAUGCGACUGCAAUCCACCGUCCAAUUGGGACGACACAGAAUUGACACAGGACAUGCAGAAUGACCCUGCUUCACUCAGUACUGCCCUUUAUACCCAAAACUUCUACCAAACUCUUCUCACCAAGACAUUAUCACUACGUUAUCGAAUCGCCAAGAAAAUCAAUAGCCUUCGAUUUAAUCUAUCUUACGACGACGCCCUGAGAAUGGGCGAUGAACUCUCUCGCUCCAUGCAACAUGCGUCCUCCUUAUUUGAGGACAAUGCCCUGAGUAUCGGCCCGGGAGAAUCAGGCCGUCACCGUUUUGCCCAAUCCCUAUAUCUCUUCAUAAUGCGCAAAUUCCUCCUCGCCCUCCAUCGUCCCUUCUCACUCAGUGUUGUCCGCCUACCCAAAUGCUCCUACUCCCGCAAAGUUUGUCUCGAAGAAUCCCUUGGAAUUCUCUCCCAGAUGGAACUUCCUCUCUCGAAAGAGGACAUCCUCUACCCGAACAUCACCCAGUUAGGCAGCGGUAUGUUCCGCGAUGAAACCUUCCAUGCCGCAAUCACCGCCUGCGUGGAGCUCUCCCUCCAAGCCAAUGAAAUGAGUACGUCUGCUACCUCUGGGAUGGAUGGCGUCAACUCGAGCGUGCUCAUGAGCAUGAUCCAGUCCCAGCAAGGCGUGAUGUUGCAGGCCGUCGAGCGUACCGCUGAUAAUUUCGGAAGACGCAUUGACCCUGGUGGGAAGGGGUGCAAGCCUUUCUUCUUUCUGAAUAUUAUCCUCGCUUCGGUCAAAUCCCGCAUCAAGGGUGAAGAUCCUUUGCGUAAUGUUGAUACGGCCUCGAAGAGAUCCGUUCGCAUUUGCAGGGCGAUUCUGAAUGGGCUUACAUACCAGGAGGCGAAGAUUAGCGUUGAUAAUGGCCCCGUUCAGGUUGGUAUCCCCGUUUACAGCUGUGUGGCUACCAUAUCUAACGUUCCUGUUCAGCCUUCCAUUCCUUCUGGGACAACCCCGGCCUCUGCUACACCGAGUGAUAUUGAUCCUGCAUCGCUUCUGUCGAUUGACUUUAGUAAUUUGACGCCAAUGGAUCUAGGUGGCUGGUUUGAUGGAUUGGAUUACACGGGGCCAGAGUUGUGGGAUUGGGAUACCGACUUGUCUGCCAAUCUUCCGACAUUCCCAUGA